UGUCCGCAAGUCGCUUGUGCAAUCUUGGCCAAUCACGCUCAUCAAAAACCGGGCAGGCUGUUUCCUUAUUCCUUUCGCUAUGAUAGGGUAGUAUUCUCUGUAACUAUAAGUCGUCCAUCAUGUCUCGGUUUUAGGGCUAUAAUCCAAACACGUUUUGUCAUGGAUGCCCACGACACCAAGAAGACCGAUAUCGUUGAUGCUAUGAAUGAUGAUAGCCCAGAUGACCUGGCGGUUGGGUCGCUGGAAGAAACUCAGAGUUACACGCCUCGGACCUUCUUUCGUAGCGUGCUAUUUCAGAUGGUACUAUUUGGAAUGCUGUCGUUGGUCGGUCCCGCUAUGUCUGAUGCCAUAUCUAAUCUCGGAGGAGGUGGAUUAUCUAAACCAUGGCUGGCAAAUCUUGCAAACUCUUUGAGCUACGCCUGCAGCUUCCUGAGUACAAUUUUCGGAGGACCCCUCAUCAACAAAAUUGGAAUCAAGUGGGCUUGCUUGAUUGCAGCUAUUUCCUUCCCACUAGACGGAUCUUCGUACUAUGUCAGCGCUAGAUACAGUGCUGAUAGGUAUCUUUUAGCAGCCAGCGUCAUAAAAGGUCUUGCAUCUGGUUUCCUCUACGUGGGGGAGACUACUGCUAUGUUGACGUACCCUAACCCAAAAGACAGGGGGUUCUACCUCGGCAUCUGGUCCGCAAUGCGAAGUAGUGGAAGCGUCAUCGGUGGCGCAAUUAACUUCUCCACAAACUCUACUGACUCAUCAGGUGGAGGUGUGGCAUGGGCCACAUAUUUGGUCUUUGUUGGAAUUGAAUGCACUGGUGUUAUUUGGGCAUUUUUGCUGUCCAAAACAGCUCGAGUGCGUCGCCGCGACGGCAGUAAAGUUGAGAUGGCCGGGAUGCAAACAUGGAAGCAAGAACUUAGUGCUCUCUGGAGCUACUUGCGACUCACAAAAACCUGGCUUGUGUUCAUUCCAGCUUUCUACUCCUUCUUCUAUGGAGGAACCAUGGGCACCUAUCUUUCGCUUCACUUUUCAGUCCGCGCGCGCGCCCUUUCAUCACUCCUUGUUCCAUGCGUCACAAUACCAUCGGUGAUCUUGUUCGGCAAGUUACUGGACAACCAACGUUGGUCGCAGAGGCGCCGAGCGUGGGUUGCGUUCUUAGCUUGGAUUAUCCCACAAAUGGGCUGCUUCAUCUGGGUUGCUAUCGAGUACCAUCAGCUUGGCUCUAAGUCGGCUCUCGACUACGAACUGCAUUCAGCGAGGUGGAGCAAAGCGUGGGUACCGUAUCUAAUUAUUUUUGUUACUGGCUACUGGACCCAAUUGACUCUAUAUUGGGUUCUGGGCACGUUUUCAAACGAAGUAGAGGCUGCGUCACGAGCUGGAGGUGUGUUCCGUGCAUUUGAGGUUACGGGCCAGGCAGUCUCCUAUGGUCUAAGCUCUUCGAGCCACAUAGGUCCAGUGAUUCCGCUCUAUGUCAAUUGUGCCGUGCUGGUACUAGUUAUUCCCAGUAUGGUCGCACUGAUAGGGAAAGUACCAAAGCUACCAUCGGGUGUCAUUGUUACAGUACCAGAUUCUGUGGCACGGGAAGAGUCUCAGAAGGGACUGUGAGAGCAUGUUAGGAAGAUAAACUGGAUGGUGGGUCAGGAAUGAAUAUACUGGGGUCUCGCUCAACAAAGCUCGCAAAGUAUUGAGUUUCUGGCAGGUAGUAUCAAUUGGAGAAGGAAGAAG